AGAAGAUCUCCUUACAAACCACCAUCCAGAACCUUACUGAUAAAGUCACUGAUUUAACGAUUGCAAACCCAGCAACCUCCCGAAACGAUGAAGUAGAAACCGCUUUAACCAAGAAAAUCAACAUUCUUGAAUACCAAAUAGGUGAGCUUUUACAGCUCGACACCUUUAAGUUCCAAAGGCUCUUGAAGUCAUUCAAUAAGAUUGCAGAUGAUGCAUCCCUCAAAGAACCCACUAGAAAGGUGGACUAUAUGAUCAAGAAGCUCAUGCCUAACAAUUCCUCCAACGACUCAAAUAUGAGUCUGGUAGAUUUCACCGACAUGACGAAUAUAAGAGAGUUCCACAAGGCGGUAUUCGACUAUUUCACGCGUGCUGUAGAUGUUAUUGUUAACGAUCAUGUCAAGCUACUUUUGAAAGAGAACGAAGAUACUGCCAAAUCAGGGGAGUAUGUGAAUAAACUCCACAAGAGAAUUGACGAGCUUAACCGUCUCAAUGACGAGUUGUCCCGUCUGAUGGAGUCUCUGAACGCCCUGAACGAAUAUUCAGAAUCGUCCAUAUCGUCUCCUAGAGCUGAACUCCGAAUCGACGAGCUAAAUCGUAGAUGGAAGGCCGAACGUGAGGCCAGAGUUUACGAAAACCACGAGGCUGAACGCCGGUUAAAAGAACUAGAACAAGAGAAUACUCGUCUCCGAGAGCAACUCAACCUUACUGGUUAAAAAUACCUUGUGUAAUGCUAUGUACUAUUUAAUGAGAACCCCAAAAUG